AUGAUGGUAAUGGAGGCCACGGUUGCGCAUAGGUUGCAGUUUUCUACAUGGAUUGAUUCGGAGAAGGUUGCGAGGCGGCCGAGCAGUUCAGCGCGGUGCUCUCAGAGAUUGAAGGAGCAAAACAAGCUCCAGGUGCUUGUUGCAGCUCACCUACCCACCUCUAGAGUCUCUAAUCGCCAACGACAUGUCGCUUUGGAGGUUUCAUGCUCCUACAACAAGUUUCCAGCUUCAACAGUGGAAUCUGGAAACUUUCAAACUCCUUUUGAUGAAUCUCUGGUUUUGAAGAAUAAGGCACAAGCCAUCGAGCCAUAUUUAAAUGGACGAUGUAUAUAUCUUGUUGGUAUGAUGGGAUCUGGGAAAACAACUGUUGGCAAGAUUUUGUCGCAAGCAAUUAAUUAUUCUUUUAUUGAUAGUGAUACAUUGGUGGAGCAUGAGGUUGGUGGAACUUCUGUAGCUGAAAUUUUCAAACUCAAAGGAGAAGGCUUUUUCAGAGAAAAAGAGACUGAGGUGCUACGUAAACUGUCUUUGAUGCAUCGUCUUGUUGUUUCUACGGGUGGAGGUGCAGUUGUAAGGCCCAUCAACUGGAAAUGUAUGAAGAAGGGUAUUAGUGUCUGGUUAGAUGUACCCCUGGAAGCCCUGGCUAAGAGAAUUGCCGCCGUGGGAACUGGUUCUCGCCCUCUUUUGCAUCAUGAGUCAGGGGAUGCAUACAGAAAAACUUUUAUGCGUCUGACAAGCCUUUUUGAAGAGAGAGGUGAUUCAUAUGCUAACGCCAGUGCUAAGGUUUCCUUGGAAAAUAUUGCAGCCAAGUUGGGUUAUAGAGAUGUGUCCAGUCUCACUCCGACUGCCAUUGUUUUUGAGGUACUAGAACAAAUUGAAGUCUUUCUGAAGGAAGAAGAUGGCCAUGCCCAUAUUACGUUCUAA